AUGUCGCCACGAGAAACUAACGCCACCUCCACGAGGCGACGCCCCUCGCUGUCAUUUCGUCCGCGCCCACGCACUGCAGGUCAUGCUGCCCCGAUGUCAAAAGAGCUGGCUUUAGAUACAUGGGAGCAGCCAUGCUUAAUGGAAAUAUUCCAGGAUGACCAUGCACCGGUCGUGGAAGAGAUGGAUCCGUUCCCGGACGCAGCCCCGCGGCGUCGUGGUGCCAAAAGCUUUUCAAGUUUGAAGCAUCCCGUGGAUGGAUUGGUCGCUCUUGGUCGCCGGUUGUCCGUCAGUCUUCGCAACAAGCCCUCGAAGCAAUCAAUUCCUCUCAUCGAGAACAUCAAAUUGGUCGAUGACGAUGAACGAACAUAUCACCAUAUCUCGAGCCAUGCGAACCAUAAGCGGAUAACCUCCGGUAGCUGGGAUGCUCGGUCAACGAAGCCGCAUCCGCACCAGGGCUACAGUGUCAAUCGGCGCCCUUCUUUGAAUAGUGUGUCUGCCCUGCACAGUUUCUAUGCCCCCACCGCCUCGAUCCCUGCCCCCAUCCCCGGCCGUGGGCAGGAACCUCCAGUUCUGCCCAAUCACAAAUCCGCAGGUGCAGCGGCGCGCGCCGCAGCCGCUGCGCAGAACGAGCAGAUGGAGGCUGCGCGGUUAGCUAAGGCGGAACUAGAGAACAAGUUGCUCGAUCUGAGGGUUCCGCAGGACUCGGAGAGCGGUAUUUGUAUUGACUUGCGCGAUCGAUCGGAUGUGCCGGACACUGAUUUGCUAGCCAUGAUGCGACUUGACCCCGUAGCCCUGCUCCCGGCCGAGAUAACAUCACACAUCUUUUCUUAUUUGGACCCUGAUUCCCUCAUGGGUGCGGAGCUCGUGUCGCGCACCUGGUUUCGUGCGUCGUCCUCUCAUGUCUGGAGGCACGCAUUCCGCAAUGCAUAUGGCCGACGGCCAGAAAGCGAGACGGCCUCCAAGCUGAAGCUGUCAUCCGGCUUAGGGAAGUCAACCCUGAACCAGGACUGGAAGAAGAAGUUCCUUGUUCGGCGCGCUCUCGAUCGACGCUGGAAGACUGGUAAGGCCGCAGCAAUUUAUCUUCAAGGUCACGAGGACAGUAUCUACUGCUCUCAAUUUGACGAGAAAAAGAUCAUUACCGGCUCUCGUGAUCGGACGGUUCGUGUGUGGGACGCACACUAUCCGUGGUCAUGUAAGAAGAUCAUUGGGCCACCUGCGGCCCAGACUUUCCGCCGUGGUCCAGUGAACAAUCCAACUUCCCAGGCCACAGGGACUGCUCCCUUCAUGACUAUUACGCCUCCGUGGCCCACGCUGGAUGAGACGGCGGAAAUCACGGCACCUUUGGAGAGUGAAUCGAUAUGCCACAGCGCAUCCAUCCUGUGUCUGCAGUUUGACGAGGAGAUCAUGGUCACGGGGUCUUCAGACUUCACCUGUAUCGUGUAUGACAUCAAGGACGACUACCGACCGAUCCGUCGUCUUUCCGGUCAUCACGCCGGCGUGCUUGAUGUAUGCUUUGAUGACCGGUACAUCGUCUCAUGCUCCAAGGAUACCACCAUCUGUGUGUGGGACCGAAACACGGGUGAGCUUUUGAGGCAGCUCAACGGUCACCAAGGGCCAGUAAAUGCUGUGCAGCUACGCGGUGAUCUUAUAGCGUCAGCCAGUGGUGAUGGUGUUGCCAAGAUGUGGAAUGUGAUCUCAGGCCAGUGUGUUAAGGAGUUCACUAGCAAGGACCGUGGCCUCGCAUGUGUCGAAUUCAGUGACGAUGGCCGGACUAUCCUUACUGGUGGCAACGACCGCAUAAUAUAUCAAUUCGAUGCUAACACGGGCGAGCUUGUCAACGAGCUCCACGGGCACACGGGCCUCGUCCGAUCUCUACAUCUCGACAGCGCAAAUAAACGCAUCAUUAGCGGUAGCUAUGACAUGAGCGUCAAGGUGUUCGAUUGUGAUACGGGUGAUCUGUCUCUCAACUUCCCUGGCUGGACCACAAGCUGGAUGCUAAGUGUGCAAUCCGAUUAUAGACGCAUUGUUGCGACGAGCCAGGAUUCUCGGGCUGUCAUUAUAGACUUUGGAUAUGGUCUAGACGGAAUCGAUCUGUUAGAGGAGUGA